CUCUUCUUGAAGCUUUGCUGAACGUGACAAUCUUUCUGUUCGACUCUUUGCCAAGCCUCACCAGCGAACCCGUCCCGCUUUUGGGAAGGCACCUACCUGUACGUGCCUGUCUACGAACGGGAUGCGCCUUCUAUAACGUGAAGUCGUCUGUCCACCAUAUAACUCGAUAUAAUGACACUUUUGGAAAGAGCAACUUCCACUUCCCCUUCCCCUUCCCCUUCCCCUUCCCCUUCCUUUUCUUGACACUUUCUCUGUCUCAAUGUGUCCCAUCAAUUCAACAUUUCUACGUCCCCAAUGGCUGUACCUCGUCGCUCUCCACGAGACAGCAUUACCCCCAUCUUAACAAUCAACCCGAUGCCCUCCUUGGGUAGCCAUCAACUGUCAGAUCACGUUAUAAAACGCUAUCCUAAUCAAAUGAUCGUGUCCUGGGUUGAGACAGUUGCUCAUGCCCACCACACAGGCAUUACUGAGGCUGCAGCCUGUUCAACGAUCAAUAUGGAAGAGCCAAUGGACGACCACUAUUACCCCUGGAUCGGUGCAACCGAAGGCAAUCAACCAAUACUGGACCCCCAUGCGACCUCCCCAGCUGUUGAUCUGGGGCUAGUCUUAAAGACUGGUUAGAUCAUCAACCAAGCCUCAGGCAUUUCGAAGCCUAGUUUGGGACAAAAGAACCAUUUCCUCGUUCAACAAUUGAGCCGCCAUCCUCCAGCCUUACCCUCACUCGAGUCAAUUCCCUCUCGCGACUCCCAAGUCGUCGUCAUUCUUUAGCAAUGUGUCUUAUUCAACCAUUCAUCCACUCACAUCUUUUGUUGCGGUCCCAAAUCCUCCAAAACUGGACGUCAUUCAUUGUCUGUCGGCGGUAACGACCCAAUACUAAGGCUGACCACUCUCCAAUAAGUCCAAGCACGGCAGAAUUCCAGAGAAAGCCUGCUUGCCAGGACUUUCAUGGGCUAAGAUCAACACCUGUCCUCUUUGCGGAGCGCAUCCCAGACAAUCGACAUCAGGCCUUGAGGACCCUGACACCUCAUUGCUAAUCAUCUCGGAAGGAAAAAAUGAAUGAUAAUCGGUCAGAACAUGGCCCGGCCCGUCAUCCUACACUACCGUCAGACGUCUGUGUCCCGGCGGCCUCAAGAAUCCAUCGUCAAUCACGCCGGCAAGCUCCACAGGACACGGUCGACCAAUACUGGAGUCGUCUCAAGCCAAGAUUCCCCGGCAAAGUGUUCACUGUCUUACCAAAUGACCCAUAUGCUCGUAGAAAGGCUGAGAAUACUCCUCAUGGCGCAGUGUCUGGACAGAGGGCUGCCAAGUCAUACGAGGCAGCCAAACUUGAAUGUGAGCGCGAUGUGGGUAGGAUUGUCAAAGAGUGCAGACGCCUGAACCAGAAGUACCGUGACCUACACUUCGAUAUCGAGUGGGAUCUCAAGUCCGGUCAAAGAAACUGUCUCGACGGGUUGAGCACACCUGGUGAUGGAAUGAGGCCAAAGGGCGUCAAACGUGUCACUGACAUUUUCGAAAAUCCACAGUUCUACAUAAACGGUCCAACCGCCGGAGACGUCCGGCAAGGUCGUGACGGGGAUUGUUAUCUAAUGGCCGCUUUGUGUGGCCUAGGCAACAUGAAAGGCUUGAUCAAUCGAGUCUGCAUCAAGCAGGACCAGCAAGUGGGUGUUUAUGGUUUCGUCUUCUUUCGAGGUAUGCAAAGCCCAUCUCUUCCACAGCACUAUUUCCUAAUGUUGUCUCUCGCAGACGGUGAAUGGCAACACUGUAUCAUUGAUGACAAGCUUUAUCUCAAACAUCCCGACUGGUGGGAAAGCCAGGACGAGCGGAGGCCGUGGGACGAUCCCAAUCAUCUCGAUCGCGAAGAAGAGUACCGAAAGGCUCAUCAAACAGGCUCUAGAGCGCUCUACUUUGCACAGUGCAGUGAUGAGAACGAGACCUGGCUCCCGCUGCUUGAGAAGGCAUAUGCAAAAGCUCAUGGCGACUAUGCUUCGAUCGAUGGCGGGUUUACCGGCGAAGCAAUCGAGGACUUGACUGGCGGUGUCACCACCGAGCUUUACGGCACUGAUAUCCUUGACCGUGAAGCUUUCUGGACUAACGAGCUGAUGCAAGUCGGAAAGCAAUUUCUUUUCGGCUGUGCAACAGGAUUCUAUUCGAAUUGGCUUGAUACAAGCAAUGCGCCCAAAGAACGUGAUGGCAUCUCAGAAGGUCAUGCAUAUAGCAUCAUGGAUGUGAGAGAAGUUGAUGGAAAACGUCUUCUUAAACUCCGCAAUCCAUGGGGACGACCAGUCAAAACCGGCGCCUGGAGCGACGGAAGCUCCGAGUGGACUCCAGAAUGGAUCCAAAAACUCGGCCACAAGUUCGGUAAUGAUGGUGAGUUUUGGAUCAGCUAUGAGGAUCUGUUAAGAAAAUAUCAGCACUUUGACCGAACGCGCAUCUUCGGAAGUGACUGGAACGUCACACAAUGCUGGACCGCAGUCGAUGUUGCCUGGCCAGCGCAGUAUCACAGUACCAAGUUUUCUCUAAUUCUAGAAAAAAGAGCUCAUGUUGUCAUUGUAUUGGCUCAGCUUGACGAAACUUAUAUUGGCGGCCUCGAGGGUGCAUACAGCUACGAUCUUCAUUUUCGACUCGAGUCUUCCGAAAAGGAAGACGACAACGACUAUAUCGUCCGCUCAAACGGCAACUAUGCCAUGGCUAGAUCCGUCAGCACGGAUGUCGAGCUGGAAGCAGGGACAUAUUUUGUCCUGAUGAAAAUCACCGCAAAGCGCGAACACAACCGAGAUCAUCUGGAAAAUGUGUUGCCAAUCUAUGCAGCUACUAAGCGCGAGAAACUCAUUCAGAUGGGUCUGUCAUACGAUUUAGCACAUGCCAAAGGAUUGAUUGUGGAAAGCGAAGAAGAACGACAAGAGCGGAAGGCACACCAAAGAAUCCAAAGAGCCAAAGCCCGAGAACAACGCAAGGAGAAAGCGAGGAAGAAAGCUUGGAAACGUUGGAGUCGAGAAAGAGACAAGCACCUUAGAGAAAUGCAGAGACAGCGAAAGAAACAACAGGCGGAGACGAUGGCACGAACUCGAGAUCUCCCUGCCGUUGGAAGUCUUGAACGAGACGUCGCUUUCGAGACCAGAACCUCAUCAAACUAUGCUUUGCGCCGGAUCGCCUUGAAAAAUACCCAUGAGCAUCAUGUCGACGACCUUGAAGAACGACAAGGACCGAUAUCUGAAUCCAGUAUGCCUUGGAUCCCGCACCUACCACAUCGCUCACAUGUUCUAUCAGAAAACAACGAAGUCGGUACCAGCAUACCCAGAACUGAGGCUAUCCACAUUUCCGAUGAAGAUCGUGUGACGAUCGAGCGAGAGAGUGGCUCAACAUAUCUCACUGCCCCGCAGUCACCAGUGGUAACCCUAGGCGAUGUGACACAGGAAAGUGCCGCAGCGACACCGACUCAGACACAGUGGUCAAAGACCUCAAGCUCCUCAGCAGAUCAGACCCGGGGCUCUCAGCUCUCAUGGGAGCCUCGCAGAAGGACAGAGGAGUUCGUACCAAGCCCUAAUGCCGGUGGUAGUGGCGAGAGUGACGACCGCUCAUUGAGGCGCGAGUCGCCAGUGCAUGAACUCGACACAAUCAUAAACUUGAAGCCUCUAUCGGGGCCUCCUGCUCAACAUCAACCACAGCAUGUACCCCCUCAACCUUUACCUUUGGGCCAAGAGUUGAGCCAUAAACCCGACAACUUCGAGCAAAUUCGUGAGCCUCAACGUGAGGACACUCUUGAUACCACAGCAGCCACCCAAAGUCUGGAAUUUGCGAGUACUUCUGGUCCAUACGAAGACCUACCUACUAUCUUCAAUCACUUACGCGUGCAAGUCGAUGGCGAGGAAUACGAUGUCGACUCCUACCCGCCUUUUGAAUGGGACUCUGUGCUUGACAUGUCAUCAGAGGCUGCAUCUUCUGAUUCUGAAGCUUCGUCCAGGCGCGAAGGCUCUUUCCCUGGCUUUGUGCAUCGCCGCCACCAUCGCCGCAGGUCUGGCCGGGAAGGAGUCGACCGGCGUGUCCCACUUCCAAUGCACCCUUCUCCUUUGCCAGGUACACCUAAUCCGCAUUUUGUUGAUUACAUUGGCGGGCUUGAAGAACCGUGGAACGCUGUUUGCGUGGUAGGCUUGAGAGUAUACUCUACUUUGCGUGACGAUGAGGUCUUGCUAAAGGUUGUGCGGCCAAAACUAAUCUCUGAUGAGGACAAGGUUAGCGACAAAGACAGUAAUGCAGAUGAUGUUGGUAUUGAGAGAGGAGAAGCGAAUGGAGAAGACCAGUCGAAUGAACCGCUCACCAGUCUAGAUCCAGACGAUAUGGCUCGAGGUGCCGUGGCCACUAUGCAUUGAGAUGCGAGCCAGGGAGCCAGGGCGUGGCGGAUCACAAAGGGAUGCUAGAAGGGGACAUAUCAGCGUUAUGACUGUAACAUCAAAGCAGUGGAAGAAAGGUGCUGACAAGCAUGGCAUGUAGAUUGGCGUCUGCCCAUGAUCUGGUUAUUAGGAGAAAGAUUGCAAAUCCGUGUUGUCAGGAGACUGGCCGAACUCAUUACCAUGACAGUCACCCACCACAAGUAGAUUGUGGAUCUUUGGAGUGGAAACAAACACGCUUUGUACUUUUUUGUUGUCGUCGUACUUGGAGAUGGGUUAUCUGAUGUAAAAUUCCUAUUAUGAUUUCUCAUGUCUGAC